GGGAGGUGGAUCCGCUCGAACCCCACAGCUGAGGCUCCCGAAGCAGACGGUGGCCACGUCGCCAACUCUGAGUUUGGGCGAAAACUGAGAACCGAGUGAGGGUUUCGUCGUGUGCUCUGGAGCCGAGCUGCUCAGACGUCUCACGCUUGCAAGGUUGGAAGUUCAAAACUCCUGCAGGAACCCAGAAGAAGAAACCGCUGCAGUGCAUCAACAAUCAUGAUGGAGGACCUGAAGUUCAAAGAUGUGGCCAUUUACUUUUCUGAAAAGGAGUGGGAAUGCUUGGAAUCCACACAGAAAGAUUUGUAUCGAGAUAUAAUGUUGGAGGCUUACAACAACCUGGUCUUACUUGGACUCACUGGUUAUAAGCCAGCUGUGAUCUCAUUAUUGGAGCAAAGGAAAGAGCCCUGGAUGGUUAGGAGAGAGGAAGCAAAAGCCUGGUGCCCAGAUUGGGAAUCCAGAAUGGAAAUCAAGAAUUUGUCUGUAAAAGAGGAAAGUUGUGAAAUUGAAUCAUUGAAGCAAGAAGUAACAGAAAGGCUUUCAAGCUCUGACCUUGAGUGUGUCGGGUCCAGAGAUGAUAGGGAAAGCAAAGUUCAGUUAGAGAGACACCAGGAGGGACAGUUCAGACACACAGGGAUAACACCCGGUAGCAUACAUCAGAGAGUUCGUACUGGAGAGAAAGCCUGUGAAUACAAGGAAAGUAAAGCUUUCAGGUCCCAAUCGUGCUCUGCUCAAAAUGGAAAAAAUGGUAAGAAAAAAGACAGUGAAUGUGAGGUGUGUGGAAAAAUGUUUAAUAGUCGAUCAGACUUGAUUCAGCAUCAGAGAAUUAAUGACAACAAAAUAAGUAACAAAAAUAAGAAGCAUACCUUUACUUGUGACUCUCAAAUUACUCAUCCUCAGAAAACUAAUACUGGUGAGAAACUGCAUAAAUGUAAAGAAUGUGGGAAAUCCUUUAGUUCUAGUUCGCAACUUAAUCAGCACCAAAAAAUCCACAGUGGUGAGAAACCCUAUAAAUGUAAGGAGUGUGGAAAGGCCUUUCCAACUGCCUCACAGCUGAAUAAACAUCAAAGAGUUCACACCGAUGAGAAAUACUAUGAAUGUAGAGAAUGUGGGAAAACCUUUAGCCGUCCCUCACACCUUACUCGCCAUCAGAGAAUUCAUACAGGUGAAAAACCCCAUAAAUGUAAGGAAUGUGGGGAAGCUUUUCGUUAUGACACACAACUUAGUCUUCAUCAGAUAACUCACACUAAUGAGAGAGAAUAUGAAUGUAAGGAAUGUGGGAAGGCAUAUAGCUGUGCUUCACAACUUACUCUACAUCAAAGAAUUCAUACUGGUGAAAAACCCUAUAAAUGUAAAGAAUGUGACAAUGCUUUUAUCUCCGAGGCUCACCUUAUUCGCCAUCAGAGUGUUCAUACUGGUGAGAAACCUUAUAAAUGUAAACAAUGUGGAAAAUCCUUUCGUCGUGGUGCAGAACUUACUCGACAUCAGAGAGCUCACACUGGUGAGAAGCCUUAUAAAUGCAAGGAAUGCAGGAUGGCCUUUACAUGUAGCACAGAACUUAUUCGACAUCAAAAAGUUCACUCUAGUGAGAGACCCCAUAAAUGUAAGGAAUGUGGGAAGGCUUUCAUUAGAAGGUCAGAACUUAUUCAUCAUGAAAGAAGUCACAGUGGUGAAAAACCCUAUGAUUGUAAGCAGUGUGGGAAGGCCUUUGGCCGUGGCUCAGAACUUAGUCGCCACCAGAAGAUACAUACUGGUGAGAAACCUUAUGAAUGUAAGGAUUGUGGGAAGGCUUUUUUUCGUGGCUCACACCUCACUCAACAUCAGAGAAUUCAUAUAGGACAGAGGGAUGAGUGAGGAAAUGUGGAAAGGCUCAGAGCUUGCUAACAAAAAAUUCAGACUAGAAUGUGAGAAAACAUCUGAGGCCAACCAUUUAUUAAAUAUCAGCAUUUAUAUUUGUGAAAACUUAAUAUCAGAGUUUGUACUAUAAAAGCAAGGCCUGAAUAGUAUUUAUUUAAGGGCCUGGAUUUAUUUAACACUUGUUACUAAUGAGAAGCUUUUAUAAAUACUGGAAUAAAAAAAAACUCAUCACUUCAACUUAUAGUGACCCUGUGUAUAUAGUUUAUGAGACUGUAAAUCUUUAUGGAAGCAGAG